UUAUUUACUAACGGAAUGGCUAUAAAACUUUUUGGGAUUCGCAAGUUGGGUGGGUCCAAAGGAGAGAGAAAGAAGGCGUUUGUAAAGAAUGGAGGUGUGCUACUGGAGAAGUUGGUUGCCGCUUGCGACGGCAAGCCUAUUCCUAUCCGUAGCUUCUCAUAUGAAGAGCUCAGGCGUGCAACGAAUAACUACGAUCAGCGCUAUGUUCUACAAGUCAACCGAUGGUACACAUGGUACAGGGGCUCUCUCAACGGCCGAAUUGUUUCCAUUAAGAAGUAUGAAGAAGACUCGACAUUUCAAAACUCCUUCACUGAUAUAGCCAUGGCUGCAAAGAUGAGCUCUCACAAAAAUGUUCUUCGGCUGGUGGGAUGCUGCCUUGAGACUCAACUUCCUACUUUAGUUUUUGAAUUUUCUGAGAAUGGAUUCCUUUCCAAUCGACUUUAUCAAUGUGAUAUUCACGGAUAUCCACGGGAAAAUCCUCCCAUGGCAUGGGAAAUCAGGUUAAAGAUUGCAAGGGAAAUUGCUCAUGCAAUUGCAUAUAUCCAUACUGCCUUCUCUAGACCCAUCAUUCACAGGGAUAUUAAACCGGGGAAUAUAUUCUUAGACCAACAUAACGUUCCCAAACUGGCUGAUUUUUCACUUUCCAUACAAAUUCCUGAAGGUGAAACUCACAUAGAAGAUAAGGUAGUUGGGAGCAACGGCUUCUUAUGCCCCAACUAUUUAGCUACAAGCAAGGCAACGGAGAAGACUGAUGUCUACAGCUUCGGUAUGCUUCUUUUAGUGCUUUCAACAGGACAACGUAGUUAUGUUCCCCAACCAACUACUCAUGAAGAUGGCUUGGUUAAUUACAUAAGAAAGUGCACUAUAAGUGAGAUGGUGGAUCCUGCAAUCCUAGCAGAGGAAGGAGGAGCUAGUGUGGAGAAGCAAUUGCAAGCAGUACGGGUGCUUUUCUUGAGAUGUAUGGAUGAAAAUCCAGAGAUGAGGCCAACAAUGGUCGAUGUUACAAAACAACUCAGGCGGAUCGAAAGGUUCAUGCCUUGAUUAUGAAUAAUGAAUGCUAUUUUUCAU